AUGAUCAUCUACCCAGACCUCAUCAGUCAUGAUGAGAUGUUCAACGACAUUUACAAGAUCCGGGAGAUCACGGACAGGCUGUGCCUGGAAGUGGAGGGGAAGAUAAGCUGGUCAACAGGACAAAGAGUAACAUCAAUGAGUUGCUCAUCGGUGGAAACGCCUCAGCUGAAGCCACAGACGGUGAAGGGAACCAGCUUCACAAACGAAGCCUACAAGAAGUACAUCAAAGAUGACAUGAAAUCAAUCAAAGGCAAACUUGAAGAACAGAAACCAGAAAGAGUAAAACCCUUUAUGACAGGGGCUACAGAGCCAAACAAGCACAUCCCAGUGAAUUUCAAAAACGACCUGUUCUUUAUUUGGUGGAAACAUGAAUCCUGA